GCGUGCACUCAGUCGCGAGCGCGAGUUCAGUGCGAUAGGACGUGUUGUCCGUCGCUCGUUCGCCGAUUCGCGGCGUCGUCGUCCCGGCAUCUCACGUUUUCCAUUUCGUUUCAGUAACGUCAAACGCAAGCGCGCGCGCAUCACAUCGCAUCAUAUCACAUCACGAUUCGCCGCAGAUCGAGGUGUCAUCCGUCGCUCGUGAUAAAGUGCCUGCGGUAUCUGUGUAUUGUGUUCACCAGCCACUCGAGAUAAAGUGUCGCCGGACUUAAAGGAGCCCAGAGUCUCUUCUCACGUGAGGGAGGAAUCAAACAGCGGAGGAGAGGUGCCUUCUACCGUGUCAACCCUUCCAAACUUCUCCGAGACACGAUCGAUUUUCCAUCAUUUCUGAUGCUGCGGUCGGCGGAUCACCUUCUUCUGCAUCCGAGCGGCGAGAUCGCGCUCCGAUUAUGAUGUGAGCUACUGAAGGUGGAAUCCUCAGGAACCGCGAGGAACUCCUCGCAAUGGAGGCGGGACCAAAGCAGCAGCAGCAGCAGCAGCAGUCGCCGCAGCAGCAACAGUCCCAGCAGCAGUCGCCUCAACAACAACAGCAGCAAAAUUCACCCGGCAGCGCGACUCAGGCAACCAUCGGUCCUCAGGGUGGCUCGACGCCGCAGGGCCAGCAAAAUGCGGAGGACGCGCUCGCAGCGGCGGAAAACACCCCCGUCAACGAGGGUAUGCUCCUCGCUCGAAUUCACGUGCCCGAACUCUACGUCAGCAAGUGUCUGCAGUUCCCGAAGGAUCAGCUGGUCUGGGACGUGAAGCAGCAAUGUCUGGCGUCCUUGCCCAAGGUGGCCACUUGGUACAGGGAGCUGAAGGAGAGCUUCAAUUACGGCCUCUUCUGUCCGCCGGUGAAUGGAAAAGCCGGGAAAUUCCUGGACGAGGAACGCCGCCUCGGCGAUUAUCCAUUCAAUGGACCUGUCGGGUACUUGGAGCUCAAAUAUAAGAGGCGGGUGUACAAGAUGCUGCAUUUGGAUGAGAAACAGCUCAAGGCUAUGCAUACCAGGACGAAUUUGCGGAGGUUACUGGAUUAUGUGCAGAGCAGUCAGGUCGAGAAGAUCGCGAAGAUGUGCAGCAAGGGAUUGGAUCCUAACUUCCACUGUCAGGAAACGGGAGAGACGCCGUUGACAUUGGCAACUACCUUGAAAAAACCGUCGAAAGUUAUAAUUGCGUUAGUCAAUGGCGGCGCUUUAUUGGACUAUCGAACGAAGGAGGGUCUAACGGCGAUGCAUCGUGCCGUCGAACGAAACAGUUUGGAGGCGGUGAAAACGCUAUUGGAGUUGGGCGCCAGCCCGAACUACAAGGAUACGAAGGGCCUGACGCCGCUCUACUAUAGCGUUAUUCACAAGACUGAUCCGAUGCUCUGCGAGACGUUGCUUCACGAUCACGCGACAAUAGGAGCGCAGGACCUCCAGGGCUGGCAGGAAGUUCAUCAGGCGUGUCGCAACAAUCUCGUACAGCAUCUGGACCACCUGCUUUUCUACGGCGCUGACAUGAAUGCGCGCAACGCGUCCGGUAACACGCCGUUGCACGUGUGCGCGGUGAAUAACACGGACGCCUCGUGCAUACGUCAGCUACUCUUCAGGGGCGCGCAGAAGGACGCGCUCAACUAUGCGAACCAAACGCCGUACCAAGUCGCCGUGAUCGCCGGCAACAUGGAACUCGCCGAAGUCAUCAAGAACUAUCAACCGGAGGAAGUCGUACCGUUUAAAGGGCCGCCACGUUACAACCCGAAGCGGCGCUCGGUGGCCUUCGGUGGCACUUCCACAAUGAUGACGACCAGCUGCUCAGCGAGUAAUCUGGGCACCCUCACCAGGAUACCGUCCACCGAACAACACGCGGCGGCGUCGUCUAGCGCCGGUGGUGGUACCGCUGGUGGUACUCUCACCAGAACCAUCUCUGUGGAACAGUACUCGAGUAUAACGCGAGUACCGUCCGCCGAGCAAUACGCUACCGCCGCGAGCCUGAAUCGAGUACCGUCCACGGAGCAACCGUACUCUCCGCCUCCACCGUCAUCCGGCACGCUUGUCCGGGUCGCGUCCGAGGAAAAAUACGCGUCGCCGUCCGGCGUCGUGUUGAGCAGAGCCUCGUCUAGCGAACGAUACGACGCCACUCUGAUCAGAAUACCAUCCUCCGAGCAGUACCCGACUGUUAGUACGCUGACCAGAGUACCGUCCACGGAGCAAUACCCGACCGCCGCGGCGGGCAUGAGCAGAGUACCGUCCACGGAACAGUAUCCCUCCACCGGUGGAAUCGCGAUCGUUGGUCAAUCGACCGAAUCGGUCCAUCACGGAAGCCUCGGCAGAGUACCGUCCGUAGAGUCGAGCAGAAACGACUUACCGAACCGAAUACCGUCCGAACAGAACAGCCACCGACUAACGUCGGAGUACCAGAGUCCAAAUCCCUUGAGAGAUCCUAACGCGAGAUUGCCGAGUGGCGCGGAGAAUUAUACAAACUUGAGAAUGGAGGGUCUGACGAGGCUGCAAGAGCACCGGCUCGAACUGCAGCACCGCCUCGAUAUGCACAGAACGCAGAUGGAGAUGCCGCCGUCACCGUCGCCCAGCAGCAGGAGCUUAGCGCCUUUCAGCUCGGCCAGUUCGAGCUUGUCCGAAGGCAGCAAUCAACCGUCCGGCGAGGAUUCGGCCAGCAUCGUCACAGACAAGAGCCUCGGUGACACAGCAUCCGACGUAAUCAGCGACAGUUCCGGGGUAGGAACCUCGCAGUCCGACACGACCAAUUCAUUAUCCAUUCCCGGUACGACGGUUGUCUGCGUGGAGAGCUACAACAGCGGGAUCACCGGCCAUCUGACUAUCAAUCAAGGAGACAUCCUUGAAGUCACCGGUGCUACCGAUUGCGGCCUCCUAGAAGGGGUCCUACGUGGACAAGGUACUGGUCUAUUCCCCGCGCAUUGCGUUCAGGAAGUCAGGCUGCGUCACACAAACAUACCUCUAGGCCCGCAGCCCGCUAGAGACGGACGAAAUCGUGUUCUAGGUCGCAGGGAGUCGCAGCAUAAAUACUUUGCUACCGCGCCUAGACUAAAGAAGCCCGUCACGUCGGAACCUCGCACUGUUGUUCUUCACCGUUCGAGAAAAGGCUUCGGGUUCGUGUUGCGCGGCGCUAAAGCCACUUCGCCGUUGAUGGAGCUAACACCGUCUGCCAGGUAUCCGGCGCUACAAUAUCUGGACGAUGUCGAUCAAGGAGGUGUGGCCGAUCUAGCGGGUCUCCGAAAAGGAGAUUUUCUUAUUCAAAUUAAUGGCGAGGACGUGACGACGGCCUCCCAUGAACACGUAGUCGACUUGAUCAGAAAAUCGGGAGAGUUGGUGCGAAUGACAGUGGUUUCGCCGGUGAUUAGUCUUCCGAAUUCUCAAUCUGCGGCCGCGUUGCCAACUAGUCAACCUAUCCAGAGACAGUAUGCGACUUUACCGCGUAAAGGUAACAACAAUGUAGUGAUCGGUGGUACUCUCGGUAGAUCUCCGGCUCCCGCACCACCACGAAGAGAUCCGAAGACGACACUGAGUGUAGGUCGGGCGAGGGCGCGAUCGAUGGUCGCGGGAUUAGAAGGAGGUGGCGAAAGGGACGAUCGCGAUGAAAUUGCAUCGACUGGUGCAAAGUCGAGCAGCGCGGAAUCGAUUCAUAUGCCGCAGCAGCCCUCAACUGGAUCGAAUACUGGCCAAAAUACUCCGGUGCAACCGAGAACGGCCAGCAUUCGAUCGCGUCCAACGUCCAGCAGGAUUACCGCUGCGGAACUCGAAGAACUAUUUCAGCGGCAGCAGGGUAGCGCCAGUGGUCAGUACAGUUCGUCCAUGAUGAGCUCGUCUCACUUUCAGACUACUGGUCAGUCAACCAAGUCACAUCCGUCGUCGCCCGCCAAGACCGGCAGGGUGUACGCGAGCGUAGCGGAAAUGAAGCGCAAGGGCAAAUCGCAAUCAAAAGUGCGCUUCUUUGGCGGCUUGGGCGGAGGUUCCGAUCUCCACAGAGACUUCCAUAGCACGCCGGAUCUCAACGUGCAGGUGCAGUCUUCGUCCCUUCUGGCGCCCAAGUGUCACAGAAGCCAGGAAGAUGUGAAUGCCUUGAGCGGUAGAAACGGACUUCCACCGCCGAAUCAUCCGCCACCACCUCCGCCGGUCGGACAAGUCGUCAAAGUGAAUGUUGGCGCCAACGUGCCAGAUGUCGUUACUCCAGCCUCGGUUUACGACAACAUGGCGCACAUCCAGCAAGUCAAAGAACUCGCGGCGGCCACGGUCGAAGGUGGUUACGGAGUGAUGUCGAGCUUCCGACCCUCUAAUAGUGCAAAAUUGUACGCCUCGCCGGAAGAUAUGAAGACUGUCGGUUAUCGUUCGCGUAGUCUACCAGCUAAUCGCCCGCAUCUUAGGAAAUCUCACAGUCUACGCAAUCCGCCGAACAGCUCAAUGUUCAAGUCAACUGGUAGUCAGCAAGCACUGAAUAACAAUGUUGGUAACAUGAACAGCAAUGGGAAUGGUAACAAUCAGUAUGCACAACCGUUGAAGACUACCAGGAGUCACAGCACGGCCGGUAUCCGCGAGCGGAAGAAGAAAACUGUUAUCUUGAAUGCUAGCUCAUCCGUCACGAAUCUCUCAUCGAUUGCGUCCGGCACGAACGGAACGACCGUGCCGCCUAACUCGGCGCCACCAAUUCCCGAACCAGAUUAUAGCCUGUCAGAGUCGGAAAAUGAUGAAGGCGAGGACGACGAGACGGAUGAGGAUGGUGAGUCGGAGAUUGCGAAGGAACUCGAGAAAGCGGCGGCGCGGGAAAAGCUGGAGGCGACGCGAGAAACAUCCGGUAAUUCCAACACGUCCGGCUCAAGCUCGUCGGGCAGCGGCUCGUUGCCACAUUCGUUCAGCGUCGAGGAGAUCCAGAAGGUGCGCACGCAGCUCAAGUCAUCCAAAAGCCACCCGAAUGACUUUCUUCUACAGACGCAGCAGUCGCUCGUCGAGGACGGCGACAACAGCUCGAGCGGCGUUAGUUCGGAUCAGGACGUGCCAGUGGGUCCGCCGAUGGGCUUCGACGAUACCGCCGUGAGGAAUCUGGCCAAUCAGGAGAACAAUCAGCACUUGGGAGGCGCGGCUCUACUAACCGGUAUCAAUCCGAUUGACAAGGAGAGCAAUCAGACCAAACGACCGGGCUAUGGCGGCAGCGGUUUAUUGACCAGGCACGCGGUCAGUCUAGCACAGUUGCCACCGCCGAUUGAGGCAGACGCCGAGGAGCAGAACAACGAUUUAUUUGUACCGCCGCCGCCGGAAUUCAACGCUGGUCCAUCUGCCGGCGGCCAGGAUCAGGAGGUGAUGGUAUUUGCACCGCCGCCGCAAUUCUGCGAUAACAAGCAACAUCAACAGCAGCAACAGCAGCAGACCGCUUCGCAGAACCGGGUUAAGAUAAUCGGCGCGAUUCCCAAGGUUGGCGGAAAUCAGGUGAAGGCGUCAGGCGGAAGGGCAUUGCCGUAAGAGAAGAAUCCGCCAUAGAUUAUAGCACGGAUGUCUUCGCGUAUGUCUUUGCUGCGAGAAUAGAAGAGAGUUUGCAACGUAAUCGGUAGAUCGCGAUUUCAAAGUCAAUAUAUUUAGAGGUUUUUCUGCCUUUUUGGUAGUGUAAUCGCCGCGCGACGAGCAUAUUAAAUUUGAACUAUAUCGCUGAAAAGCGAUGGAUAGUCCAUGCGGGCGUGCUGUCAUAUAUAAAGCGUGGUCGGUUUGGACGACUUUUUGCUAAGAGUAAAUUCGUAUUCUAAUCGAGCGUUUAGAAGUCGUAGGAUAUAAACGCGAGGAGAUAAUCGCGAGCGCGUUUUUACCAAGUAAGUUUACGAGUGUGAGCAUACGUCCGAUUGCACUGCAAUGAAGGAUUGGUUUGUCGCAUACGAUCGAUCAUAAUCGUUUAAUUGUCCUGUUUGUGGGCAAAGAUCCAACAGAUCCGGAAUCCGAUUCGCUAUAUCAUAGAAAAAAAGAAAGAAAUACCUAAGGGCAGGAAAGAGCGAAAAUCCGCACAUUGAAGAAAAGAAAAGAAAAGGACGACCAAGUCAGAAAAAAAGGAAAUGCGUGUACGCGUGCAUGAAUCGUGACGCGUGAAUGUGCGAUGCAUAUCGAUUUGUUUUUCAUGUUUCUAUCGAACUACGAGGUAUGUUUUAAUACUUUUACACAUGACACUCUUUGUCUCUCCGAACGCGGAUAACAAGGAAUAUAGAUCGAGACAAGUUUUUUGCAAAUCGCUCUUGAACCAAUUUUAAGCAAAAGUAUAUCGCGACAGUCUCGCUCACUCUCGAUCCACCAGCGAAAACUGAUAUGGUCGGCCCAUGAUGGAUCGAUAUAACGAUAAUGCGUACACUCACAUAAUUGAUUAGUUGUUAAUAUCGAACACGCGCGGGUUUUUUUUUAGUUUCGACUAGCAUUUUCUCUCAUGUCUAAGACACUGCUCAAAUGCCUAAUCACAAACUCAACUCGCGAAGUCAUUAGAGAUUCUGACUAGUUUGUAAUUGCAAAUAUUGUUAUUAUUAUUAAUAUUAGUAUUAUUAUAUUAUUAUAUUAAUAUUAUUAUAUAUUAGCAUCGUUAUAUUGUAAUCAUACGGCGACUAUGGCGUUUCACUAACGAGCCCUUCUCUCGAUAAAACGUAGUCGCAUCAUGCGCAGAAAUGCGCAGCACUAUACUUCGUUAUACUAUCGCACCAUCUCACUAUUCCAACCUGUGUAAAGUAAAACCCCAUACUCCUUCCAUUCGUGUCAGAAACUUCCCUUGAGCCAGGAGACUUUAAAUCCUUUUUUUUUGCAUCUGUGCGUUUUUUCUCGAACUAGUUCGAGGAUCGAGAUUGUGGGCGGAAAACUGGCGGAAUUUUAUUCGACGACUCGAAUUAAAUUCUCGAAUUCUCGUGCAAGUUCGUGAAUCGAAAUCUUCCGUUUGCGAAUUAAUCCGACCUCUUGAUGUACAUACGCGUUACGACUCGCAACGCUAUUCGCAGAUGCAACUGCGACUCGUCGCGAGUUUGUAGGGUCUUGCGGCUCUUGGGGUGACAGUGCUACAUAUUGUAUAUAUAUAUUAUAUAUUGAGUAAUGCGCGUUGUGUAUCCUCGAGUAUCUCUAUAAUUACAAGCGAUCUUCACAUUA